AACCUUAUUAAAAAAAAAAUAUUAUAUUACGCAAACUCGCCGUACAAUUAAUCACGAUGAUAAUCAAAUUGUUAUUUUGUAUAUAUGUAUGUGAGAAUUUUCCUUUAAGAUUCAAAGAAUUAUGUUCGUAACUAAACCUUUAAGACGUUUACCAACUGCACUUAAAAACAAUCGUGUCGUUCGCUUUACGACGUUUAGUGAUCCUGGAAAAACAUUUUUUAGCCGAAAGAGAGAGCUUAUUGAGUUCAAGAAAGUAUUUAACUAUGAAGUUCCACGAAUUAACGUCAUCUUAGGACCUCCAAACACCGGGAAAACGACUUUAGUCCGCGAAGUAGUGAGCAGAGAUAAUUUCAAGCCUCUGUUUAUUGACUGCCGUGGUGGACAUUUUAACACACCAACGUGCUUGUACAAUUCACUUAUCUGUCAAUUUGACUCAUUUUUUAACUAUGAGUUAUCAGAAAGGAAUGGUUAUUCUGAAAAGACUGCUAAAGAUAUUAUUGAAUUACUUAAUACUAUUGGUGAUUUUUUUCUAAGUUGGUCCUCUUGGAAAGGACAAAAUGAACAACUGCCAAUUUUAAUUAUUGACGAAGUAAACAAAUUCAGCCAACUUGGUAGUUCAAAGGAAGGAGAAAUUAUUCUUGUGUCAUUUCUUGAUUGGCUAGUAAAAAUUACAAAACAAGAUAAAAAAUUUCCUAUAGUGCUUAUCACUUCUGAUUCAUUAUUUUUAGACUGGAUUACACAAAUGUUGGAUAUUUCACACGUAACCCCAUAUGUUGUUGGUGAUUUAAGCAGAGAUGAAGCUGAAGAAUUCUUUGAAAAGCACGUUCUUCCCCGACAUGAUUCUAAGGUUCGUAAAGAACUUGAAGGUAAAUUUAAUCACAUUUCCGAAUUCACCGGUACACGCAUGUUUAUUAUUAAUCAGUUUGUUGAUGAAUACGAAAUUCACAAAGGAGAUUUCGAAAAAUUUUCCGUAUACCAGCAAGAAUAUGAUCGGUUAAUAUGUGGUCUUUACCCUGAAGAUCUUAAUUUAGCUAAUUUAGCAAGAAAUACUCAUGCCCCACUUUGGAAUAAAUCCGAUUUCAUUGAAACCAUUAAAGCCAUUGUGGAGAGUCAUAAAAAAAUUAUUCUUGAACAUGAUUUAGUCAAAUUAAUUGGUAAAAGUAAAGUUGAUUCACUUCUUAAAUAUAAAUUUUUAUAUAAGAGACCGACCAAUAAUUUUGUCAAUGAUAUUAUUAACCCACCAAACAAACCAAUUUUGACACCGAUGAAUCAGCCAUCGAUGUAUGCAAUGAAGAAUUUACUAAAACGCAAAUACUCAGAAAUAUUCUAAUGUAUUCUAAUGUAUUCUCUCAUAUAAAAUAAUAAUAAAACUUGCUAUAUAAUUGAUUUACACGUAAAAAUAUCAAAAAUUUUUUAAAGAAA